GUUGCAAGUUCAAAUAUCAAUGAAUGUGAGUCAUCAAUAAGAAAAUUAAGGAAAAAAUAUGGCAACUCAGAAGAUAUUAUAUUAGAUGUUCUUUAUUCAGUUAUCAAAAAUUUAGAAAAUAAGACAAAGAGUAGAAAAGAAGAUACAUUUGUGCAUAACAAUAUAGAACCAAUGUUAAACUAUUUUUUUCAGAAUGGCAAAUUAUAUAGAUGUGAAUG